ACCCACAAAGAACCACAGUGACCGUGGCUCCUGUCCAAAAGUGUUAACAAAAGAAGAAAAACAAUGUCGUUGUCAUUCAUAUGGUCAGCUUUAUUUAUGAGUUAGUGUGUUUUCGGAGUUCACACGCACACACACCCACAGCAAGAGGCUGGGCGUGUUCACCGAGUUGACACAACGUGCGUACACAUAACACAGAAACAGUCCAUGACAAAGCUCAGUGCAAGUUUGCGACCAACUUUUCUCACAUGGAGCCAACGGAGACGGUCCGCUAAAAGGCAAUGGAGGCAGAUGUAGAGGCCGAGGGUGGCGUGGGAUCGCUAGACCUAAGCUAUUUGACAGAGGAGGAGCAGGACAACAUCUUGCAGGUGCUGCGGCGAGACAUGGAGCUGCGACAACAUGAAGAAGGGCGCAUAAGGAUGCUGGCGCGGUCUAGAGUCGACCCGGCGCAGCUGCACUCGCAGUCUGGGGCGUGGUUCCGUGAGGCGUCCAGCAGGCGGCACCGAAAUAGAGUAUCCGGCACGGAGCUGGUGCGUGCCACCAUACGACGGCGAGAGCCCAAGGCCAAGGUAACAGCGGCUUCAGUGGUCAGCAUGCAAAAUGGCGAAGGUGAGGUGGAGGAGGAGGAUGAACCAUCCAGCAGCCCUUCUUUGCAGGUGGCGGAGGAGACGCGAUUGAUUGAGUCGAGAGAGGACAGCCCACAUUGUCCAUCCGGUUCUGGCUCCACACCCAGUAGGAAAAGAACUGGAACGAGGGAAGUCCAUCCACAUAACAAGAGGGAGUCUGUGUCUCUGGGCAGUAUCCUAACAGACCAGGAACCUUCAUCUUUGCAAAAAAACCCUCAUUUCCACUCCAGCUAUUCGCUUAGUGGCGGCAUGAUGAGCCUGUUCAGCUCGGGGGUGUUUGGAGUGGUGGAGGUGCGUGGCCGCGUCCAGUUCUCCCUGGCCUAUGACCGCCACAAGGGAGAGCUAUGCGUCAAAGUGCACCGCUGCGAGGACAUCUCGGCGGCUACUGACGACAACCGUUCUGACCCAUACGUCAAAUGCUACCUGCUGCCCGACAUGUCUAGUCGCGGUAAGAGGAAAACGGCAGUGAAGAAGCGGACGCAGAACCCUGUUUUCGAGCAGACGCUGAAAUACAAAGUGCGCGAAAACGAGUUGAAAAGCCGGACAUUGAAUCUGUCGGUGUGGCACUCGGAGCCCCUGGCCAGGAAUGUGUUUCUGGGCGAGGCGGAGGUGGUGCUGGGCCUCUGGGACUGGGAUUUCAUGCAGCCGCUUUGGCAAGACCUGCAGCCACGGUUCUACUUGAGGCCAGACAGCGUGAGGAGUCGUGGGACUCUGUUGUUCUCCAUCAAGUUCAUCCCAGAGGAAUUUGAGGGUGGUCUGCCCCUCACGGGGGAGCUUCACAUUUGGCUUCAAGAGGCUCAGGGCCUGAUGUCCAAAAAAGGGGGCGCUCUUGACUCAUUUGUGAGAAGUUACAUCCUUCCGGACGUCGGCUGCCAGAGCGGCCAGAAGACACAGGUGGUAAAGCGCUCCGUGAGCCCGUCGUACAACCACACCAUGGUGUACGACGGUUUCCAGAGCAGCGACCUGGAGGAGGCUUGCGCCGAGCUGAGCGUGUGGCAGCGCGAGGGCUUCAAGGUGCACAUGAUCGGCGGGAUUCGCCUCAGCUGCGGGACAGGUCAAAGUUACGGCGAAAAGGUCAAGUGGAUGGACUCCACGGAUGAAGAAAUCUCUGUGUGGACUUCUAUGAUCAGAAACCCUAACCACUGGAUCGAAGCCGCGCUGCCCAUCAGGACAAACUUGACGCAUCGCCCCACCAAUUGAUGUGCGUGUGCCGCACAUGGACUGAAAAGACUUUAUGUAGCCCUUUUAAAUAAUUCCUUCCAGAGUAGAUUUUGUUAAAUGAAAGAGGCAGAUAAGACUUUGCCUGCAUUUACUUGUGUAGUUGUGACCAUGUGAUCUUCCUUGUUAUGUGAUUAAAUGUUCAACCUGUUUUUCCUGCUUGCUUAUUAACGGUCGCUUUUUUAAAAUGCAAAAUUGUAAGCAAGUUACACUAAAAAUGCAACAUUUGUCUGGGGCUAUCAAUUUUUUUCCUUCAUAGAAAUGGACAAAUAGUGAGAAAUUAUUUAAAAAUCUUGUUUAUUGCUAAUCCUGGUUGAAAUGUGUUGUCAAACUACCGUAGAUGUAAAAUAAAGACAAUGAGACCUUGUUUAAGUCCAUUCUGCGCAAUGCAAAUCGGAUAGUGUAACCGUUUUCAACAAAUGGUGGAGAAACAUACCUAGUUAAUAUGGCAAUUAUCAGGCAUAUUCUUUAUCUUCUGUGAAGAACAACUAGUACAUUUUUGAACGGCUCCAUGUACUGUAUAUCCUAUGUGUGUAUUGUGCUGCCCCCAAGUAGCCAAGGCACACAAACCGGAAUAUUCAACAUAAAAUCCAUUGUAUUCAAUUGGAGCAAAAAUAUUCUAAGGUUUUUCUACGAGGGCUACGAGGGACAGAAACAAAUGAACAUACAAUACAUUCACCUGUGAUUGGGCAGGUCUACAGAAAACUCAUGAUUCAUACAGUAGAGCAGACAUGUCCAAAGUCCGGCCCGGGGGCCAAAUGCGGCCCGUGGUCAAAUUUAGCCUCUGUCAUAAAAUCAAUAACGUCUGGCUCGCACACAGACUUAAUAAAUUGGUCAGCAGAACUUCUACCAGCAUAUGAAGUAGCUUACACACGAAAUGCUGCUUCUCAAUUACCCCUCUAAAAGGCAGCAGCACUCUAAGCACCAUUCCCAAUUUUCUAAAAUCGCGGCAAUCAACUAAAAGAAGAAAUUUGACCGAGACGGCCGACGCUUCAAGGAUAGGUAGAAAUUGGACUAUUUCUUCACUAAAAUACGCGACAACUGUGUCUGCCUCAUUUGCAAAGAGACAGUCGCCAUUUUUAAAGAGUUCAAUGUGAGGCGAUAUUACCAAACAAGACACGCUGACAUGCAUGACAAGAUUACAGGAAAGAUACGUAGUGACAAAUUGAAGCAACUUUAAGCUAGUUUAAUUUUACAGCAGCAGUAUUUCGCAAGAGCCCGAGAGUCGAAAGAGAACGCCACAAAGGCUAGUUGCAAGAUUGUUCAAAUUAUUAAUUAAAAAAAAAAUAAAGCAAAUGUGACACAGAAUGGCUUGCUAAAAUUUGCUUAAAUAUAUUGUUCUACAUAAAGGAUGUCAGCCAAGGUCGGCCCCCCACAUUUUUACCACACCAAAUCUGGCCCCCUUUGCAAAAAGUUUGGACACCCCUGCAGUAAAGCAAUGUUAAUUAAGGGACUGUAACUGUAAAGUGGUACUCUUGAGUUUAAUUGUGCUGUACAAAUAAAUUUGCCUUCUACCCCCUCCUAGUUAAAAUAAAUUGGUGUUCUCUAAAUGUUUUUGACCUGGGCAAGCAGUGA